UCUGGCAGCCGCUGAGACGGGAGCCGAGGCACGGGGAGCGGGGGAGCAGGAGGGCGGGCGCGCAGCCGGAUUUGCGUUCGCCUGGCCGCGGAGCUGUCUUCUCACCAGCCCGUCCGGGGAACAACGGGCCGGGCUUCCGGGGAGAGGGCCUACACCAUCUCCUCUCCGGCACCAGCCUCCUCCAUUUUUCCGGGCCUUGCGUGGAGCUUUUUGGCGGAUGUAUUUGAAUGAAUGAAUGUCACCGGGGCUCUUUCUAAUCCCUCACUCUCCCCAAUCAUCUGAGGGUGGCGUGGCAUAGUGAGAGGAGCGCUGAGUUGUCGGGAGACCUGGGUGUUUUUCCCCAAGACUCUGAAAGAGGACAGCAUUCCCAAUGUCCCAGUUUAAGCGCCAGCGGAUCAACCCGCUUCCAGGGGGACGCAACUUCUCAGGCGCAGCUUCCACAUCCCUUCUGGGCCCUCCUCCUGGUUUGCUGACUCCUCCUGUGGCCACAGACCUGUCCCAAAAUGCCAGGCACCUUCAGGGUGGAGAGAAGCAGCGGGUCUUCACUGGCAUUGUCACCAGCUUGCACGACUACUUUGGGGUGGUGGAUGAAGAAGUCUUUUUUCAGCUAAGUGUGGUGAAGGGCCGGCUGCCCCAGCUGGGUGAGAAGGUGCUGGUGAAGGCUGCAUACAACCCGGGUCAGGCAGUUCCCUGGAAUGCUGUCAAGGUGCAAACGCUCUCCAACCAGCCCCUACUGAAGUCCCCAGCACCUCCCCUUCUACACGUGGCAGCCCUGGGCCAGAAGCAAGGGAUUCUGGGAGCUCAGCCCCAGCUGAUCUUUCAGCCUCACCGGAUUCCCCCACUCUUUCCUCAGAAGCCUCUGAGUCUCUUCCAAACAUCCCACACACUUCAUCUGAGCCACCUGAACAGGUUUCCUGCUCGGGGCCCUCAUGGACGAUUGGAUCAGGGCCGAAGUGAUGACUAUGACUCCAAGAAGCGCAAACAGCGAGCUGGUGGAGAGCCUUGGGGCGCUAAGAAACCGCGGCAUGACCUCCCUCCUUACCGGGUCCACCUCACUCCCUAUGCUGUGGACAGCCCCGUCUUUGAUUUCUUAGAACUCCAGCGCCGUUACCGCACCCUCCUGGUUCCCUCAGAUUUCCUGGCUGUGCAUCUGAGCUGGCUGUCGGCCUUCCCCGUGAGCCAGCCCUUCUCUCUCCAUCAUCCAAGCCGCAUCCAGGUAUCUUCAGAGAAGGAGCCAGCUGCUGAUUCUGGUGCAGAGCUCCCCCCUACAGACAGCGACGCCGCCUACAGUUCCAAGGUACUGCUGCUCUCCUCCCCGGGACUGGAGGAAUUGUAUCGUUGUUGCAUGCUCUUCGUGGAUGACAUGGCUGAGCCACGGGAGACCCCGGAACACCCUCUGAAGCAAAUUAAAUUUUUGCUGGGCUGGAAGGAUGAUGAGGCAGUGCUGGUGGGGGGCGAGUGGUCUCCUUCGCUGGAUGGCCUCGACCCCAAGGGUGACCCGCAGGUGCUUGUCCGCACGGCCACGCGCUGCGCGCAGGCCCAGACUGGCAUCGACUUGAGCGCCUGCACCAAGUGGUGGCGCUUUGCUGAGUUUCAGUACCUGCAGGCGGGACCGCCGAGGCGGCUGCAGACCGUGGUGGUGUACCUGCCGGACAUCUGGACCGUCAUGCCCACUUUGGAGGAGUGGGAGGCCCUGUGCCAGCAGAAGGCCGCAGAGGCAGCUCCCCCGCCCCCGGAGGUGCCAGUGGAAACAGAGCCGACAGAGCAGUCAGCUGAUGGGUCGGAGCAAGCAGCAGACACCUCUAAGCAGAGUGCCGAGAAUCCGGAGGUCACUGCGCAGCAGGAAGUGGACACUGACCUCCCAGAGGCCCCCCCACCCCCUCUGGAACCAGCUGUCAUGGCACGCUCCCGCUGUGUAAACCUGUCCUUGCAAAGCAUCGUGGAGGACCGGAGGCCAAAGGAAAGGAUCUCUUUUGAGGCCACGGUGUUGGCUGAGCUGUUUCUGGAGAUGCUGCAGAGGGACUUUGGCUAUAGGAUUUAUAAGACGCUCCUGAGCCUUCCUGAAAAGGUCGUGGCCCCACCUGAGCCUGAGAAGGAGGAGGCAGCCAAGGAAGAAGCAGCGGUCAAGGAGGAGGCCAAGGAGCCCAAGGAUGAGGUACAGAGUGAGGGCACAGCUGUGGAGGCAGACGCCCCGCCGAAGGAAGAUGGGCUUUUGCCGAAACCCCCGUCUUCUGGGGGAGAAGAUGAAGAGAAGCCCCGGGGCGAGGCGUCCGAGGACCUGUGUGAGAUGGCCCUGGACCCAGAGCUGCUGCUCCUGAGAGACGACGGGGAGGAGGAGUUUGGAGCCAAGCUGGAGGACUCCGAGGUCCGGUCGGUUGCCUCAAACCAGUCGGAGAUGGAGUUCUCGACCCUUCAAGACAUGCCCAAGGAGCUAGAACCCUCCGUUGUGCUCCCCGUGGACUGUCUCCUUGCUUUCGUCUACUUUGACGCCAACUGGUGUGGCUACUUGCACCGGCGAGACCUGGAGAGGAUCCUGCUCACCCUCGGGCUGCGGCUCAGCGCAGAGCAGGCCAAACAGCUGGUCAGCAGGGCGGUGUCCCAGAACAUCUGCCAGUACCGGAGCCUCCAGUAUAGCCGCCUGGAGGGCCCAGACGGGGCGCUCCCCGAGGACCUGCUCUUUGGUGCGAACUGGGUCCUGUGGCCUCCAGGGGACGGGGGCGGGCGGGCUGCUUUCUCCUGCUUCCCGUCCCUGAGUCUUCUCCUGGCCCUUCUAGGGAACCUGGACCUGCUGCCUCCUCCUGGGAAGAGCGGGAAGCCGGGUGCAGCCCCGGUGGAGCACAAGGGCCUGGUGUCCCACAACGGCAGCCUCAUCAACGUGGGGAACCUGCUGCAGCGCGCGGAGCAGCAGGACAGUGGGCGGCUCUACCUGGAGAACAAGAUUCACACACUGGAGCUUAAGCUGGAGGAGAGCCAUAACCGUUUCUCAGCCACUGAAGUGACAAAUAAGACACUGGCAACGGAAAUGCAGGACCUGCGGGCCCGGCUGGCCGAGGCCGAGGAGAUGGCCCGCACAGCCGAGCGACAGAAGAACCAGCUUCAGCGGCUGCUUCAGGAGUUCCGAAGGCGCCUGACCACCUUGCAGCUGGACACACAGCGGAUGCUUGAAAAGGCUGACAGCUGGGUAGAGAAGGAGGAGCCAGCACCAAGCAACUGAGGGGCCUGGUGCAGGAGCCGCCGUCCUGUGAGGUCAGCGAUGGAGCCUGCUGAAGUUAGAGCCCAGAAAGCAGCCAGAGCAGGACCUGGGGGCUGGAGGCAGGGGUGGCUGCCCCGGCGGCACUCAGCCUCUGUGGAGGCGCUCAGGCCGUCAGGGCGGGGUCUGUCUGUGCCACGUGGGUCGGAUGAGUGAGGAAGCCGGUUCCGCGCGCAACUAAAUCCAACAUCUUGUGCACCCCUCGAAUGUCAUUUUGCCCUCUACCUUGGGAUUCCUCCUGGGGCCCUUUCGUCUUGUGCUGACUUUCUCCUGUCCUCUUACAGUUUAGAAUAAGACAGGGCAGGAAAAGACUUUUCAAGUCUGUCAUAAGGUCUGAUGCCAAUAAACUAAAGAAGCAGAUGUGGAAUCUGGUUGGGGUAAGAGCCCUUACAAAUGGCACAAAUCCUGCCAGCUUCCAGGAGCAGGUUUUUGGGGAGGGGGCUCCCUGGCCAUGGAAGGAACAGAGUCAGCGCUAGCGAGCGUCUGGUGUGGGGCCAUGUCUGCCAGUGAACACUGUGUUCCGGCUUCCCCAGACGCGCCAGAAGAAACCAGCACCCGUCCCCCGGCUCCCCGUGUUCAGAAUGUGGUAUUGGCUCUGGCCCAGCCUUUCCCCUUCCCCACAAGUCUUGCCUCUUUCCAUUAAUUCGUGGUUUCAGUUUGACUUUGUAUAUAAAGUUGGUUUUCUUUUUUUUUUUUUUUUUUUGGCUUUUUGUUUUUUAAAUAAACCAAAGUCAAAAACAAA